AUGAUAACAUCAUCAAGUUUAUUAGUACUAAGUGCUGUGGUUCAGGUACUAUUCGCUCAACAGCCUGUCUUCGAGUCAGGUCCUCCAGAGCCAUGGGGCCCUCCUCAAAGACCCGCACAUCGACGCCAAUUUUUACCGAGAAUACCAAAAAGAUGUUGGGUCCCUCCACAACGGAUAAAUGUAUACAAUUGCUGCCCCAUUCCUACACUGUAUCCAGAUGAAGAUAUGCAGAGCUGUGGUUUCGAAAAAACACCCGGAAAUACCGACCAACCGCAAAAACCUGUCUUUCGUCCAGAGGGUACAUGCAAAGAAGGAUAUUGCGUAAUGGGAAAGUUCGAUCUACUAUUUGCAAAUAAUAGCGUGGAUUUCGUGAAGUUCAGGGAAUAUUUAGACAACUGGGCGGAAUCAUACCCGGAGUUUGCUAACGCAAUACGUAUUGCUAAGCAAGAAUGUGCUCAAGACGGUGGGCCUGAAGUCCCUCCAAUCUGUGAACCGGAUAAAUUAUUCUUGUGCCUGACAUCAACAAUAUUUUGGAAUUGCAAACUUCGUGAUGGAGACGGUUGCGCGGCAUUGCAAGAACACAUGAAUGAAUGCAAACAGUACUAUACACGCAAAAUGGAACCAACAAUGAAAGAUAUUGAAGUUCGUUAA